GAAAAUCCCACCACUUCCCUUUCGUGAAACAACAUGGGACAACGCUUAACAAAUGAGGAGGGGGAACAAGUUGAGAUUGAUGUGGCUGAACUGCAGGAAUGGUAUAAGAAGUUUGUGGUGGAAUGUCCCAGCGGGACUCUUUUCAUGCAUGAAUUCAAGCGAUUCUUCGGAGUACAGGAUAAUCAGGAGGCAGCGGAAUACGUGGAGAACAUGUUCAGAGCUUUUGAUAAGAAUGGGGACAACACCAUUGAUUUCCUAGAAUAUGUGGCUGCUCUGAAUCUUGUUUUACGAGGGAAGUUGGAACACAAACUGAGGUGGACGUUCAAAAUAUAUGAUAAGGAUGGCAACGGCUGCAUAGACAAACCUGAGCUCUUAGAAAUAGUUGAGUCUAUUUACAGGCUUAAGCAAGUAUGCCAGCCUGAUGAAGAGCAAGGGACACCUCGUCUCACUCCAGAAGAAGUUGUGGACAGGAUAUUUCAGUUAGUGGAUGAGAAUGGAGAUGGGCAGCUGUCUCUGGAUGAAUUCAUUGACGGGGCCCGAAAAGACAAGUGGGUGAUGAAGAUGCUACAAAUGGAUGUGAACCCAGGAGGAUGGAUUGUUGAGCAGAGGAGGAAAUCCCUGUGACCGGAAGGAUGUGGUGUGGGGCAGCGGGUGGUUCAGUGUGUUGCAUUUCCAGUUGUAACCAAAUGGAGAGGGCUUCCUUUCAUUCUAGAAUCAUUUGCUUAACCGAAAGCAUUCUCCAGCAACUCUGUGAAGCAUGUGUAUUGAAAGUACCACGGGUACUAACCUAUGUGAGCCAUGGCUGGCCAGUCAUGCUAGGAAAUAACCAUAUGCAUAAAUAUUGUUUGCUGGUCCAGGUAUCAAAAGGGACUGACUUAGAAGAGUCUCAAAAGUGAACACUGAGUGUCAUUUGAUGCUCAGAUGCACAAAGGGACUGAUUAGUGAGUCACAAUGCUUUCUUUGUAGGUGUAUGUCUGCUAUUUUAUGUCUGAGGAGAAAGAGAUGAACUUGCUGGAACAGAGUUUGAGAAUAUGGCUGGUUAGUCUGUUCUGAUUCUGAGUUUGUGUGUUCCAAGGGUUUUACUUGAUGUUAAUAUUCUGCUGCUAACCUAAACC